GGUGUCUUUCAGCCGCCGGGAGCAAGGUUUGAGCUGGGUCCUUCGUUUGAGUGAAGGUUGCCCCGCUCCACGGCUCCUUCAGGCCUCCUAUCCCCCACAGGCAACACUCCCGAGUCAAGGAAAGAAUGGUGGGGCGGAACAGCGCCAUUGCCGCCGGCGUAUGCGGGGCCCUUUUCAUCGGGUACUGCAUUUACUUCGACCGCAAGAGACGGAGUGACCCCAAUUUCAAGAACAGGCUGCGAGAGCGACGAAAGAAACAGAAGCUUGCCAAGGAGAGAGCUGGCCUUUCCAAGUUACCAGAUCUUAAAGAUGCUGAAGCUGUUCAGAAAUUCUUCCUUGAAGAGAUUCAGCUUGGUGAAGAGUUACUAGCUCAAGGUGAUUAUGAGAAGGGUGUGGACCAUUUGACAAAUGCAAUUGCUGUGUGUGGUCAGCCACAGCAGUUAUUGCAAGUGUUACAGCAAACUCUUCCACCACCAGUUUUCCAGAUGCUUCUGACUAAGCUCCCAACAAUUAGUCAGAGAAUUGUAAGUGCUCAGAGCUUGGCUGAAGAUGACGUGGAAUGAGAAACAAAUGUCAACACAAUAUGAAGUUACUUUAAAAAUUCUGAAGUUGGGAAAGAAGCAGCUCUUGGGAUAUAAAAACAAAUACAUGCUUGUUGUGGACUGUGUGCUAUACUGAAAUAUAAUGAAGUUAAUUUUUACAUUGUA